UUCAUUAAAGUAAAGUCUUAAAAACGCUGUCUCCUCUGGAUCGACACAUAGCGUAUACAAUCACAAGCACCCGCGAAGAAAAGCAUUUUUACUGCGUCUCCAACACCAUGCCGAAGGACUCGAAUUUGCAGAGUCCUCUCGCGUAUUUAUAAACCCUAAGAAAACCUUCAAUUCAGCAGCCCUAAUUUCUCCGUCAAUGUUACCGGACCCUUCACAUCGGUAAAGGUUUUUACAGAUAUAUUUGAUAGAAGUUUAUUUGUUUAUUUUUCGUUGGAAUUGGAAGAUGGAUAUUGAACAAAGGCAAGCGGAGCACAUCGAGUACUUCGUGAAACAAGCGUCGGCUGUUAGAGGUUCCGCCUUGGCCACUAUCAUCGUCGACGCCACCUCCCACCCCUCUCUCUUCGCCUUCUCCGAGAUUCUUGCCGUUCCCAACAUUCUAGAGCUUGAAGGAACUGAGAAUUCUAUGUACCUUUAUUUGCUUCGUUUGUUUGCUCACGGAACAUGGACUGAGUACAAGAGUUUUACUGGAAACCUUCCUCAAUUGGUCCCUGACCAAGUUCUGAAGUUGAAGCAACUUACUGUGCUUACACUGGCUGAGACGACCAAGGUGCUGCCAUAUGAUUUACUUAUGCAGGAAUUGGAUGUCUCUAAUGUGCGUGAACUUGAAGAUUUCCUCAUAAAUGAGUGCAUGUACGUGGGCAUAGUUAGGGGAAAGCUGGACCAGUUGCGAAGAUGCUUCGAGGUGCAAUUUGCAGCAGGGAGGGAUCUUAGGCCUGGUCAAUUGGCGAGUAUGAUAGAGACACUGAGUGACUGGCUGAUGACAUCAGACAAUCUUCUUGUAUCAAUUCAAGAGAAGAUCAAGUGGGCAGAUACAAUGAGCCAGUUGGACAAGAAGCACCAUAAGGACAUUGAAGAGAAGGUUGAAGAUGUUAAAAAGACUUUGUCCUUCAAGUUACAAAAAAGCAGGCCGACAUUGACUACAGAGGACAUGAGGAGAUCUACUCUGAACCUGGUGGAGUGAUGGACUAUGAAGAAGACCGAGGUCGGCCCAAGAGAAGGCGGCAUCCUAUGGGUUGAGGCAAUCGAGAUGGCGAUUCUAGGAAGGAUUAGUUAUGCGCUACUAGGCAGUUAUUUUUGUUCGUGGGCGUACCAACAACGUACACAGGAUUGCCGCCACUGAGAAUCAUGUUGUCUCCAUGAAAAUGAACCUGCAAAAUCCAUUUGUCCCACAAUAUUGAAAGCUUAGUUUGUAUUAAACUCUCUAUCUUCUCUUCCUCUUAGUUUUUUGUUUAAUUUUUUUGGGUGACUUUUCACAAGAAGAUCAAGCACCAUCUUGUGGUUGAAACUUAUAUAUGGAGAUGAUACACAUUUAACAUAUUUAAUCUAUUGUCUUCCAUGCUUUUGCUUUGCUUAA